AUGGGAGUAGCUGAUAUCAAUGCCCACAGAACUCGUGAGGUGGAGGAACUAGAAGCGAGAUUCCAGCAGGUGCGAUUAAUAGUGGAGCAGACGCAUCGCAUGGAGGUACAAAUCGAGGAGGCCAAGGGCAAGCAGGGUGCAGCGGGGGAAGAGGGGUCCAAGGAGGCAGAGGAGAGGCUGAGGCGGCUGGAGGAGGAAUUAGAGGAGGCGAAUGACUUGUUGGAGAUGGAGCAGGAUAGAUUCUCACGGCUGUCGGUGGAUGCAAGGGUGAAGGAUGACAACGUGUUGCAUGCUAGGAAGACCGACCUCGAGUUCCUGAGCAAGCACCAGAAGCAUCUCAAGGGAGUGGGACUCCCGGGAAUACCCGAGCUGGCGAUCCGCCCUCCUGUGCGCCCCCACACCAUGGGGCUGCUUAAGAAACCACUCUGGCUCAAGGCCUACCGAGUGUGUCCCACAUGCAAGGCGUGCGCUGCGUGUCAGGCAAACAAGGCCUUCAAAACGUGCAAUUAG